AGUAUUGGAGGGGCGUGAGAACAUUUAAAUCCCGUUUUGUAAGGCGGCGUUGACGCGACCGAUGCUGCCAUCUGGCUUAAAAUUUGGGCGCCCUUUUCUUAGUAACAUAACAAAGCCACAUGUUGGUAUGCCCUUUUCCGCCGCCAAUCGCCAAACGAAAAAAGCAAUAAAAAUAGUAAAGCAAUAAGUUCAUCGUACUCGUGUAGUAAAUGAUGUAAUUGUCGUUCGGCCAAUGACGCAGGAAGGGCUCUGUGACGUCACAGAGGGCCCCCUUGUCCCCCCUCUAGUUCCGGCGCGCGCCGUCCGAGCGACCUAACAGCGAGUGCCUGCGCCAGUGUGUUCUCAAAAUGGCAGACGGGUUGUGUUCGGGAGAACAAGUCGACGAUGUAAUCGAGGUAUCAUCACUGGUGGAGGGCUCGAUGGCGUUGAGCAGUGGGUGUGCGAAGGUGAAUCCGUUCGUCUAUUUGGCCAGUGCUAGUGAUAAGUUGUUUGGUAAUCAUGCGUGCGAUGGAGGAGACUUGCAGCAGCAGCAAGAGGAUUGCAGGAAGAAGAGAUGCGUCGAUCGCUACGACAGCUCCGAGUCUUCAGACAGCGGUGUGGCGGUUUUGAGCUGCACGGACUGCAGCGGGAGCAGCACAGCAUCGAGUGACAUAACCGACCCCGGGUCCCCCUUCAGCACAGCGUCGUCGCAUUCGGAGGACUCGGCAUCGCAGUCAUCGACGACGAAGAUGCCGCCCACGCAGACUGCACACCAUCCUCCUUGGCCUUGGACGACGUCACCAACGGAAGACUGCACGUCCAUCAACAAGAGGUCCAUGCAACUUGAAAAGACUGCCUUCCCGAAACGACUCAAGUCCAAUGAGGACAACACAACUAGCAAACAAUCACCGCCAUGCCUAAGUAAUACGUCGAACAAAAUGUCAGGCAAAGGAUUAAUCCUAGCCAAGGCUGACAACCCUAGUCCAAACGAUAACAAUAAAUCCGGUAAUGUUAAGAAAACGUCGAAGAAACCCGAACUGGCCAAGCAGGGAAAGAUCACAGAGUACUUCAAAUCGCAGGUGAAGGUGCACGUGAUCAAGAAGGAUUCCGCAUCGAAGCCCUCAGUGACCAGCAAGUUCGUCUCCCUAGUCGACCAACAGACCCAAUUCAACGGCAUCAGGCCGCCAAAUUCCCGCUCCACUACAAAAAAAUCGGAGCCAACCUCCAAAUCAUCAUCAUCAUCCCGCAAGCUCUCACACCACGUAACAGUUCCUAGGAAAAUCCUUCCGGCUCCGAGCAAACUUCCGGACACCAUGACCAUCAACCACCACCCUCCGGUGAAUUUCGGCCCGACGGUGACGCUCACCGCCGUCAGCUUCCCCCCAAACUUGACGUAUCUUCACACCAAGACACCAAAACCACCCGACAACAGCAGCAACAGCAUUUUCGUGCCGCAAUUCGCCACAAUCAACCCACUUGUAAACCGAACUCCGUGCUUAAAUGUGAUACAACCCGUGCAGAAGAUCAUAAAUAACUUUAACUGUGUCAAAUUAAACGCAACGGUAGUGCCUAUCGUCAAGUUGAACACGUUGCCUUCGAGAGUGAGCGGCUUUAGCGUCGAGACGGUGCUUUCGCGGCCGCCUCCGGCUCAGCAGCCGCUGCAGACGACGACGACGACCGCCAUCACCACCGACGAGGAGGAGGAGAAGUCGUCGUCGUUGUCGCCGUCGCCGUCGCCGGCGGAGUCGUCCGAUAGUGGCAUCUCCAUCAAGGAUAAUUUGUUAGAAGUUGAGGUGGUGGAGGAGGCGACUGUGCCGCCGCAAAAGUCGCCGAUUUUGUCGCAGCCGAAGACAAUCAGGUUUCCGCCGGCAAAGCAGGAGGUUAAGGAGGAGGGAAAGGAUAACAAAACGACGCAUUCGCAAGAGUCGGGACUGUGUAGAUGGGCUGAAUGCAGCGCACAAUUCGAUACCAGUGGGGCCUUAUUAGAACAUCUACAGAUAAAACAUGUGAUAUCGCAAGCAACUCAAGAACAGUACGUCUGCCUGUGGUUGGGUUGCAAAGUGCACGGACGCACUUCCUGCUCAAGAUCGUGGUUGGAACGGCACGUUUUGGCCCAUGCUGGAACGAAGCCCUUCCGAUGCAUCGUCGAUGGAUGUGGCCAAAGGUUUAACUCACAGUUGACAUUGGAACGGCACGUAAACGGCCACUUUACCAGCGACGGCAAUCAAAACAGCAGCGCGAAAAAAUCAACCGAAAACUCAUCCGUCAAGUUAUUUAAGAGGAACGGGAAAAAAAUAAGGUUCAGACGGCAGCCUUGGUCAGCACGAAUGUUUGAUUUUAUUGAUGCUGGCAUUAUGGAAGGACUGCAACAUAAAUUGUUGACGAUGACGCAAGACAGAACGAUGGGCCAGAUCCACAAUGCCGGCAAUACAGUGAACGUUUUGAGCCAAGUGAUGGCGCGGAGGGUCGAAGCUGACGGAAAAGUCAAGUUUUUGGUCAAGUGGGAUCCAGUCGGAAUCAUUCCCGACGAAUGGGUGACGGAGAAAGAGUACGUACCGAUGAAGUCGGUAGCCAUCUCUUCGCUGCAUCCCGCAGCCAAAGACGUCCUCAUCUCCUACUUGUUCCCUUCAGCGAAACAAGAGCGGCGUCGCAAACCCAUCUCAAAGCAGCAAACGUGAUAUAAAUUUUUUGUUAAUAAUUGUAAAAAGUCAUGAGUGAGCCUUUGUAAUAAUAAACCCAUGCUUGUGUUCAGACCUUUGGUCAUAAUUUCAAUUUUCGUUCGGACUUGUUGUUGGAUCUCGCUUUGAUGAAUUAUUGUAUGGGAGCACGAUUGUAUUUAUGUGAAUUGUACAGAAUUGUAUAGUGUAGAGAGACAGACGGAGAACGGAAAGCUUUUAACCGUUUUUACAACCAGCCUAGUAUCACUGCCAUUGAACUGGUUUUUAGAGUUGUUAGAAACUUUCUGAUGAUAGACUAGACCAAUUUAUAAUCUUAUUUAAUUUAGUUAAUUUGUGUGUGUUCGCAAUAUUUACAAAAUAGUUUAGUUGAUUUGAUUGGCGUGAGGCGACACCUUCCUGGAAAUUGUGGUUCGAAUCUGUGAUAAAUUCAUCCAAAUUGGGGCGAGUUGGUGUCGCGUCUCGUUAGUUGUUUUUUUAACAUUCCUUUCAUCGUUUCUUUCUAUUUAUUUUAGCGUAAUAUUUAUGAAAUCAAUUGAUCACUGCCAGUUUCACUGCCCAAAACAAUAAGUGAAAUUUUAUUAAAUUAUUAGUAAUCGCCAUGACUUUUUUAUACGGAUUUUUCGUGCCAUUUUAUUUUUUUUGAAAUUAUUCUCGCCUUUGUGUUCUUAACCUUGAUCUCAAAAAAAUCAUACGAGUUUUUUGUGUAAAAUACCGUCAAACGAACCAAAGAAUAACGACGACUAGAAGGUUACCCAAUUGGCGGUAUUUUAUUUGUGAAAACUCCAAUCAAAAUCUAUCGGUACUUAAAUUUCAUUUGUUUGCUCAUAAUAGACUGAAAUUCAUCAAAUUAUUUAUUAAUCGACUGAUUUAGUUAAUUGUGUGGCCACGCGAUUGGUUGUUACUCUCUCUUACUUAAAGUUUCCCUUUGUGUAAAUAGGACACAACUUACUGGUACUUGUAGCAACCAGUCAUGGUUAAUACACUGUAAAUAAUGCUAGGUUCUCUUAGUUUUAACAUAGUUUGUAUCUACCAUAUUUCUAUCAGCAGAAGAAUAACUUUUAUAAACUAUUCUUUUACAAUGCAUUUAGAGACAAAAUCUAAAAGUAAGACUGUUCAAAAUUAUAUCAUACGAUAGGUAAUUUUAUACUAGACGUUUUAGUUGUUCCGACCUAUUGGAGAUUGUUUGAUGGCUUGAUUAAGGGAGAAUAUAUGAAUGUAUUGUUAAGUAGAGGAAUAUUUUAACUGAGCUGUUCGGAUUCUAAUUAUAAGUGUUAGUGGACGAGUAGAAUAUUUUAUUAUAAAAGAAAGACGAAGCUUAAUGAAUGUGACAAAUAAGAAAUUUCAUCUUAACCUAAUUGGUGUUUCAAUAGAGAGACAAUGGUAGAUAUGAGACAUGAUCGGGAAACAAUUUCCAAUCCGUGUUUUGCAUUGUAAAUAUAGUUAAUAAACCUAAUUUAACGUCAUUGUGAAAUUCCGUUUUUAUUAUUAUUAUUAUUAUUGGUAACAUGAACAAAUUCUACCUCACUGAUUUUUAUUUUAGUUUUAUAACCCUUAGUUAAGUUACGUUUAUCAUUAUGUUUAGUGCCUGUUCGAAUCUUAAGACUGUACGCAGGAGGAUUUCGUUGAUGAUACUUUUUUAUUCAACUCGACAUUUCGCUGCAUUUUUUAUUAUUUAUCUAAUAAACUUUUUGUGAUUCGACAGAAUUUUAAAUUUAUCAAUGUAUCUAUUCUAAUGAGAAUAAAUCUGUAAAUAACAA